AUGCUUAAAUGUUUGACGGUCCAAAUUACAUUAUUGUUUUAUAAUGCGUCGCUUGAUCACAGUGAUCGACCAGUAAGGGUGGUGCUCUGGAGUGAAAUUUUAAGCUGUCUGUGCAGCCACCACAGAAUUUCAGAAUUUCAUCGCCGUCAUGUAUUCAAGCACCACUACAUUAAAUUUAAGCGUUUUGUACGCGGCUCUAAGGGCUACUACGAUGCUCCAGUUUGCGCAUCUGCUUAUAAGGCAUUCGAAUCAUAUUGGGCUCGCCUGGCCGAUCAUCUUCUACGCCAGCGACGAUCAUGCAAGGCGUAUCAAAGCAAGGUUCUAUUGCCGCCGGGCAUGAUAGAGCUGUCGAAUUCAAUGGAGCUAUACGAUGAUGAAGAAGUCGAUCAUGAUGAGAGCGAUCAGCAUGAUGAGGAGGCUGAAAAGUUUCUGGAUGAAGCAGAGGAACUCUUCAGACUGAAUCCUUCUGAUUUUCAGAAGCGGAUGGACUCGUAUAAUCAGCGGCACGCCCAUGAAGACGACGACAGCGAUGAUGAUAUUGACCACAAAGUCGACCGUGCAAAGGAACUAAUUCCGAAGGAGAAGCUUGCAAAAGUGAUGCGAGAACUUAACCCGAACUCGACGCCGACCGGAAAAAAUGCCGAGCGGAUGCCAAGCACUAAUCCGAGAAAAAAAAAUCUUGUUCAUCUCGAGAAGAAAGAGAAGCCGUCUAGGGCUGAGCGCACGACGUAUCGACAGGAGAGCGUUGGUAUCGCCGUUCUAGAAUAUGUUCAGACUCUGCUUGUAGAGGAUGCUGAUUUGUCUGGAGCAAAUAUCGUGCCUACAUUUGUCGAGGCAAACGUAUCGCCAGACCUGCGCAAAAUCGUGCUGUUCUGGGAGCCUGUUCGCUUAAAUUCAGAAGAUCAAAUUAUCGGCAAGAAAAAAGCUGAAGCUUUGAAAAAUCGACUUCAGCGUCAGGAGCGCUGGGUCCGUCGCAACGUCACUCAGCAUUUAAACUUAAAGUAUUCUCCUGUUAUUCAAUUCAAAGAGCAAAAGGAAGCUAAGGCCGAAAAAGCGCAGACGCUUUUUGAGGCGGAGAUGAAGUGGUUGGACAAUGUGUGA